GAGAAAAACAAAAUAAUUUUGAUGAAUUAUUUAUUAACUGAUGGCAUUAAACAAACCCAAAAGCCGACAGAAAGAGGUCGGAUUGGAAAGGGAAUGGAGCCUGUGGGCUUCUAGUGUUUUGUUCAUCAUACUUACAUCUAUCCCCUAUAUUAUUAUUUAAUUACGAUUGAAUUGAUAAAGCGGUGAAGAUUGUUUUAAUGGACGGCAAUAAAACUAUCAAAUUCAAGAGGGUCUGCGUCUUCUGUGGAAGCAAUCCUGGGCAUAGAAAAGUCUUCAGCGAUGCUGCUGUUGAGUUAGGGAAUGAACUGGUGAAUAGGAAGCUCGAUUUAGUGUAUGGUGGUGGAAGCGUUGGGUUGAUGGGAUUGAUUUCCCAAAGAGUACUUGAUGGAGGGUGCCAUGUCCUUGGGGUUAUUCCAAAAGCUCUUGUACCUCUUGAGAUAUCUGGUGAAACUGUUGGUGAAGUUAGAAUUGUUUCAGACAUGCAUGAGCGUAAAGCUGAAAUGGCUAGGGAGGCCGAUGCUUUUAUUGCACUUCCUGGAGGAUAUGGAACCAUGGAAGAGACAUUGGAGAUGAUAACAUGGUCACAACUUGGGAUUCAUAGAAAACCGGUUGGUCUGCUAAAUGUUGAUGGCUACUAUAACUCUUUGUUUGCGUUAUUCGACAAUGGUGUUGAAGAAGGUUUCAUCAAGCCAGGUGCUCGGCACAUAGUUCUCUCUGCUCCAACUGCCAAAGAGCUUUUAAUAAAGAUGGAGCAAUACACACCUUCCCAUGAUCAUGUUGCCCCUCAUGAAAGCUGGCAAAUGGAGCAACUUGACAACUAUUCUUGGGGACAGAAUCCACAAUGAAUUUCGGCUUUGGUGGUAGGCCUUUCUUUCAAAUAGAUUCCUGAUCUGAUUCAUCAUUGUUUGAAAUGUGUAUGAGAAUCUGUUCAGGUGGGGCCAGAUAUAAUGUAUUACUAUGUACUAUUGUCAAUUCUUUGUGGUUUGAAUUCUCGUAGAUCAUCCUUGCUGUUCUGCACUAAAAACUUUUAGUUUUUAUGGAAUGGUCAAUCCAUUCACUAUUUUGAAGUCAUCUUGGCUGUUACCACCUAUGAGAGGGCAAAGAACUUUGAAAUGCAAAGAGCUAGUAAGAAGCUCUAGAACGUAACAUUCUCAUGUCAAGUGGGAUAGCCUAUCAGGGCAUUAGCUUGACUACAACUUAUAGUUGAUUUGACGGCAUGUCCUUGAAAGGUUUGGUUCUUUGAAAUAAAGAUGCUGGAUAAUAAG